UAUGAAGAAGUCUGGCACUAAAGUCACUUCUCUUGUCCUUUCCGAGAGAAAGAGAACACUUGAAUAUAUUCUUAGAGAUGACAUUUGAGACGAUAAAAGUCUUUAAAGUGAGUCACUGAUAAUCAAGUCCUCAUGCAGAAGCUGAACUGAGAACACUUCCAGAUACCUGCUGAGUGUGUGAAUGAACUCUGUGUGUCCUUGCUGUAGAUUACGAGGCGCACAGCAGGAGGUCAACAUCAAUACAUCAUCAUAACACAUUGUUAUAGCACUUUCCCUAGCGCUCAGAGACGCUUGACAUACAAUCAGAAACAGUAGUCCUGUUCAUAUACUUAUACCUUCAAGCUAAUGAUUAGCUUUAAUCAUAAACAACAUAUGCCUUGUAAUGUAGAUAAACAUUAAGAGCUUAUAUUUCACUGAAGAACAAUCGUCCUAAACUCAAACCCCUGCUGCAGCGUGGCAUUAUGGGAAGUGUAGUUGCAUGCAGCUCAGUUGAAGGGCCAGUGGACUACAGCUCCCAGCAGCAUUAGCUCUCUAACGUGAUGUCGGAUAAGACGGCUCCGCGCUGCCAGCUGCGCCUCGAGUGGAUCCACGGGUACCGAGGGCACCAGUGCAGAAACAACCUGUUCUACACCGCCGGGAAGGAGCUGCUGUACUUCGUGGCCGGCGUGGGCGUGGUCUUCAACCCCAGAGAACACACGCAGAAGUUCUACCUGGGACACAACGAUGACAUCAUCAGUCUGGCGCUGCACCCUGAUAAGGUCCAGGUGGCCACGGGCCAGGUGGGGAAGGACCCCUUCAUCUGCAUCUGGGACACCUACGCCAUGCAGACCGUCUCCAUCCUGAGGGACGUGCACUCUCACGGGGUCGCCUGCCUCGCCUUCGACUCCGACGGACAGCGCCUGGUGUCGGUCGGCCUGGAUGCUAAGAACACUCUGUGUGUUUGGGACUGGAGGAGAGGACGGGUGCUGGCCACGGCCACCGGACACUCAGACAGA